CCCUCUACGCCCCAGAGAUCAUUGCCAAUCGCAGGAUUGAUCAUGAUCCAAUUUUGGUCCUUAAUAGGCUUUUUGGCCUCGUUGGCUUUGACUGUGAAUGCCUACGGCAUCUACGACGCACGGAAAGCGAAAGCCUUGUCGCAAAAGUCGGUGGUGUCCCAAACUAUGACGAUGACGCGGAGGGAAACGAUCCGCAUGCCGAGUCAAUCCCCGCAAGUUCCGUACAUGCCUCCGGGAGCCGACUACGCACAAUUUAUUGAUAUCGAAGCCGCCAUGUACCGAGAUCGAACCCUCUUUAUCAGCACCUUUAUCGACGAAGAAACCGCCAACAGUCUCAUUUCAAUCAUGCUGUAUCUCCGUAACGAAAGUCCCAAAGACCCGAUCAGCAUGUACUUCAACGUACCCGGCGCACUCUUGCGGCCUUCGCUGGCCCUGUACGACCUGAUCCAGCAGACGAAACAAAAGUGUGAGAUUGAAACGGUGAAUCUCGGUUUGUGUGCGGGUAUGGGCGCCUUCUUGUGUUCGGCUGGGACCAAAGGUAAGCGUAACGCCAUGCCCAACAGUCGUUUUCUGCUGCAACGGACCGGCAUGGACGAGGUCUUUCGUGGACAGGCGACCGACAUUGCGCUCGAGGUUCGUAACGUCAAAAAGUGGAACGACCGUAUGGAGGAAGAACUGUCCCAGAUGACGGGACAGCCCCUGGAACGGAUUCAGCAAGAUCUGAAGCGUGAUUUUUACCUUUCGUCGGACGAGGCGGUGCAGUACGGACUGAUUGAUCGUGUUCUGUUGCCGUCGCCGCGCAAACGUGCCGGUGGCAAACAAGACGCCGAUCUCGGUGCCUUUGAAGGGGAAGGAGAUCAGCGCUAUCAGGGUGAGGAAAAUAAGGGAGGCUGGGGCAGUCGCACACAAACACCGCCCGAGGAACGAAAGAAAGACGAUGACGACGACGAGCCGAAAAUCAUGAAAAAUUAAUAAAAUUCAACUCAGCGAGAGUGUAAGAGUGGAAUACUAAGACCGUGUUUUACUCUUGUGAUGAGAUGUGUCCCGGUUUCCACCGAAAGAGGAACUCCCUGGAUUGUGGUAGAACUACAAUCUAUAUGGUUCGUAAAGAAGUGGUUAUGUAGCAC